AAAGAAAACCCAUAAAGCAAUUGUCAUCCAUCUAUGAUCCUACCAAAAUAACAAACUUCUACUCAAUCUUCACCUCCAUAAUCAAACAAACAAGAAGUAAUUUCAACCAACAUUUUCCAUUUUUCAAGCAUCAUUUGGAUCAAUUUAAGCUCACUGAUUUCUGUUGAAAAAGACUUGAUAGUGAAUGACCAAAAUACCCCUGACGAUGAAAGAAAAUACGAAACCGAAGAAAAUGAAUGCACAUUUUUAUAAGAAGUUGUUCCAAAGCCACGGGAAAAAGGCGAAUGUGCCGAAUGAUACUAAUGACACACUUGUUGAGGAAUCUUGUUUGGUUUCUAGACAUAAAAAACAGAGAUUAAGUUCUGGACAAGAAUGUGGCGAGAAUGACCGUCCGUCUGGUACAAAAGACAAAUUCGAAUCUAGCAGUGGUGAGUUAGCGGAUCUUCAAGUUGAGGUCUCAACCGAAAUACAUAAUCAUGUUCUUCCUUACGUUAACAAGCUUCGUGAUCAUCGGAACAGACGUCAAAAUGCCGUUAUCUUUGACGGGAAAGACCGGCUAGUUAAGGUGGUCUCGUUCGUAUUAUCAUUGCUGGAUAACACGAAGAAGCCUAUUCUAAUAAUAGCUUCUUCCAAUGCUAUUUCGUUGUGGGAAAUCGAGUUUUCGAAGAGGUCAAAGUCGGUCAAUGUCGUAACAUACAAAGGGAACAAAGAUAUUCGGGCUGCUGUUAUAGAUUCAAAAUAUCAAGUCCUUUUAUCUUCACCGGAUGCCAUUGUUGAGGACAUGGAAAUGUUUGACCAUAAGUGGGAAUUGUUAGUGAUAGACGAGUGUCAAAGCCCCGUAUUUUCAACGCACUUUAAGGAAAUUCGGAUGCUUAUGGCUGAUAUGAGACUGUUAACCGUUACUGGUGAAUCAGUGGAUAUCUUGCAGAGCUACCGAAAUUUUCUUUCACUGGUUGAUUGCAAAAAUGAAAAGAUACACACUGAUGCUGACAUGGAAAUGAACGAUGAUAUUAGUACAUUGAAAAAAAGACUGUUGCCAUUUAUCGCAUUUUCAUGCACGUUCAGCACCCCUGAAUUCGAAGAGUAUUGGGUCCCGGUUCAUCUUUCUUCAAUGCAAGUCGAACAAUAUUGUUCGAUUUUAGUUGCAAAUUUGGAGGCACUCUCUUCAUUAUCAAGAAAAUCUUCACUCCCUAACAUCAUCACACAGAUCCAAAAGUGUUGUGAUCACCCAUUUCUUGUCGACCCAACUUUGCGUAAAUCUUUAAAACAAGCUUCUUUGACUGGUGAUCCGUUGGAUGCUGAAAUCAAUGUCAGUGGCAAACUGCAAGUUCUCGACAAACUGCUGCUAGAGAUUAAACGAUGUGGUUUAAGAGCACUUGUUCUGUUUCAGGUGAUAUCAACCGGAGAGUUUUUGGACGACCUCGUUCAUAAAAGAUUCGGAGAGAAUUCGUACGUGUAUAUCUCCAGGAAGAUUCUUUCGAAAUCUGCGUACGCGAAGAAAGAAAAACCGUUAGAAAUGUUUAACGACGUAGAGAGUGGUAGGUUCGUUUGCUUGUUAGAUUACCACGCUUGUCAUUCAAGCAUUAGACUUUCGCGUGUGGAUGUCGUCAUAUUAUUCAAUGGUGACCGGAACCCGUCAAAUGACAUAAACGCCCUUAAGAGGAUCACCAUCGAUUCAUAUUGUGAGCGGUUAAACGUCUUCCGGUUAUAUUCAGCAUUCACUGUUGAAGAGAAAGCCUUAAUUCUUUCAAAGCAAGGUGCACCGGUUGUUGACAAUUAUAUUAGUUCGAGUGUCGGUCGCCAGCUGUUAGCAUGGGGCGCGCCGUACUUGUUCGGUAACCUCAAAAGCAGCACGUACUCCGGAAAUCAGUUGUUUAUAGACGAUUUGGUUCGUGAGUUGUCGUUUCUGUUGAGGAACACGAGUGUCGAAACGGGUCCCGCAAACCGCUCGAUCGUAACGAAUGCGAAAAUGCAAAAUGGAGCGUAUUCUGGAAGCAUCGUGUUAUUUGGUGAAACCGAAGCCCACACGAAGGAAAGCUCUUCUGUUGUUGAAUACUUGAUAGCUAACUCACCUUCUGACUUUUGGAGUAAUUUGGUCAAAGAAAGUCAACUUAGCCCGACAAACCCGUGUAGAAAGAUGUCUCAAAGAGUUAAAAAGCCGACCCAAAAACUGUCCGAAGGCGUAAAUCAAAAUGAUGCAAGUACGUCCGUUGUAAGAAAAAAAGUUAGAAGUAAACGAAAAGGGCCUGAUAAAGUCACAAGAAAACGCGCAGCGAAACAGCUACAAAGUCAAACCGAAGGUCAAAAAAGUCAAACCGAUCAACCUCCGCCACAUACUCCCACCUCUAAGCCUCUUGAAACAGAAGUCGAAAGAAUUGAAAUGGAACUAGAGCAAAUCACCAAGUCACAUCAAGAAAAGAAAUCAAUGCUUCUUUCUGAAUGCGAAAAGGAGAUGUUAGAGGUACAAAAGAAGUACGAUGCGUUAAUCCAAGAUUCGGAGACAAGUUUAACGAAGAAGGUUAAGAUGCUUGAAGAGUAUCGAAACCUUGUUAACGUCAAUAAACUUUUGUCUGAGAUGUUCACACAAGGCUGGCAGGACUCUCUCACUAUGAAUAUAUAUACAGACAGUAACGCGGUUAAGGUUCUUCAAAUUCCUGCAUCAUUACACAACCGAUCCGACAAUAGUGAACCAUCUCUUGAGCCGUUGCCACGUCUGUCCACUACUCAAAACAGUUGACAAACACUGCCCUCUAUAGAAAUAUAAUCGAACGGUUGACUUUGACUUUGACUUUAUUAACUAUAUAGAGAUCUGCCCCCUAAAGAUGGUGUUCAUAUCCAGUAGUUGAACUAGUUAUAUAUGCAUCUACUUUUUAUUAAUUA